AUGGAAGCCCCCGCUCCUGCUACCCCCGCGACGACCGAACAAGAACCAACGACGGAGCAGCCCACGACAGCCAACUGGCAAUCGCUCAAGGAGCAAUUCAACUACCACCUGCACGAGCUGCACAAGCUGUCGCGCGAAAUGUCGAUGGCAUCAAACAGCGCCUCGAGUGAAGACGCGGCCGAGGCAAUGCAGGCGUACUUUGAGAUGAAGUACCAGAAGAAACUGGCCAAAAUGCUCGCGCGCAGCAAGUGCGACGGACCCUCGGACGGGCCUCAUCAUCAUGGCAUGUUCGGGCAUCCUCACCCGCAUGGCGCCGAGGGCGGUCCCAUGGCGCCGCCGAGCGAAGGGCAUCCCGGCGAUGACAUGUGGCACAAGAUGAAGGACUGCCGCGGCGAUCACGAAGACGUGUGGCGCAAGAUGAAGCACCACCGCCACGGCGGUCGUCAUGGGCACUGCCACGGCCGACGCAGCGACGACGACGGCGACAAGAUGUUCCGCAAGAUGCACAAGAAGAUGGCGCGCCACGGCUGGUUGCAUCCUGGUGCCGCGCCCACGUCGUGCUAAAAGCACACUGACUGCCCACGUUCCCGCACGGUCGACACGUCAACAAAUUACAUAUAAAUUCCAAUGAAAGUGCAA